AGCGACAGGAAGCAGACGACAACGGAAUUGCUGCUGUCCUCUUGCCCGCCCGCCUCCCCUGAACCCCCGACCCCGGCUCUGCUCGACUGUGGCCUUGAUGAAGCGGGUACCCCUCCCACGAUGCGCCUCGCAAUUGCUGGCCCGCCCGCUGCCUCGCCGGCCCUUGUGUCCACACGCUGCUGCACACUUUCCAAAUAAUGCCACACGCCGCAGUCACGGGAUACAGGCGCGGUUCCAGAGCACAGUCGCUGCCACGCCAGACGCGGAGGCAUUGGAGGUCGAGGUGCCCGCCACGCUGCAGCAGACGUCGACAACACCGCCCGCACGCCGGAAGAAGAAGCUGCCCCUCGAACAGCUGCCCUCGCCACACCCCAACGCCGCCGAGCGCUCCGUCAAGCUGCACGCCCUGCGCAGCCGCCUCUCGCUGCCGUCGCGCUUCCCCCUGCCCGCGCUGGCCCGCACCCUCGUCCACCCCUCCGCCGACGCCAGUCCCGCCUUCAACAACGCCUCGCUGUCCAUCCUCGGCCGCCACCUGCUGGGCUACUACACCACCGAGUGGCUGCUCAGCCACUACCCGCGCCUGCCCAUGGAAGUCGUCUUCGCCGCCGUCGAAGCCUACAUCGGCCCGCGUGCGCUUGCCACCGUCGCCCGCGAGUGGGGCAUCGAAGCCGCCGCCGAGCCCGGAGGAGAAGUCGACCCAGGGCUACUACAAUUCAAGCGCCUCAAGACGGGCGAGGACGUGCCCGCCGCACUGAAGCACCAGGUGCCCUGGAAAUGGAACGUCACCACCACCCACAAGAUCAUGGCCACGGACGAAUUCGGCUCCACAAACGCCCCGUCGAGCCCACACGCCCUGGCCAAAACACCAGUCCCGCUCGAGGAGGCAGCACAGUCGUUUGUCCGCGCGUUAAUCGGCGCGCUACACGUCCAUCUCGGCUCGCCCCUCGUCAAGCGCUUCUUCCGCGACCACUUCCUCAGCCGCCAUCUCGACAUCAGCACCCUGUUUGACUUCCGCACCCCGACCCGCGAUCUGUCCCGUCUGUGUGCUCGAGAAGGCUUCGAAUCGCCCAUUGCCCGCCUGAUCUCCGAAACCGGCCGACUGAGCAGACACCCCGUAUUCGUCGUCGGCGUCUACAGCGGGAGAGACAAGCUGGGCGAAGGUGCGGGGAGUUCCCUAGACGAGGCUCGGACACGAGCCGCAGCCGCAGCACUGAAGGGGUGGUAUCUGUACAAGCCCGUCGAAGUGACGGUGCCGAGCAGCAUGGAGGGGGAACUCGACACGAGCAAAUGGCGGCCCAACAUGGUCGAUUGCGGUGAGGUCAUCACAUGAGAAAGGAGGGGGGCGUUGCGAAACUACGAUUAUGGAGUUUUGGGGCCUGUAUGGUAUGUGCAUAGAUGGGGAACACGUACGGGCCAUGUUCUGCUUCGAUAAAUCUGUAUUCUUGAUUGGGCUUGGAGGGGAGUGGAAUGCAUUAAAAGAGACAGACGUUAUGAUGGACAGACACACACACAGACAGACAGGCGGUAACGGUUAGAGCUGCAUGAAGAGUAGGGGGCUGGUGUACGAGAUAUGAUGGGAGGGAAAGUGCGUAUGAUCUCAACUACGCCAAUGUAUUGUAUGUGACAACAUUUUGGGAUACUAAUGCGAAAUGCAUCACCACCUU